AUAAAUAUCGUUCAUUAUCAUCAUCAUUAUUGAUGAAUAAUUCAAUUGAAACAACUGUAAAACAUUAUCAUUCAAAAAUGAAUAAACGUUUUCAACGUAGUUCAAGUUUUAGUAAUUGGUCAGCGAAAUUAUUACCAAUUUUAACAACAACAACCAUUGAUAAUCAAAAACAAAACAAUAAAACAUUUGGUAUAAAUCGAAAUCAUCGUUGUAUGACAUUGGCAAAUGGUUAUAAUGGUAAAAAAUAUCGAUCAUCAUCAUCAUCGAUUUUAACUGUUUCAAUAUUGAUUGCUGUAUUUAUAUUGAUUUGGUCAUCAAAUAUGAUGACCGAUACUGUUUAUGCUGUUAAUGUUGGUGGUGGUGGUGAAAAUGAAUCAAUUGGCCGUAAUACUAAUCCAUUGGAUGAUGAUGAUAAUAAUAAUCGUUCAUUACAGGAAUGGGAAGAAAUAUUUCAUUCAAGAUCAGCUGAUGAUUGGAGAAAUUUAUGGCAUCAUGAAAGACAUCGUCGUUGUCGUCAUGAUCUUGUUGCACAUAUGGAAUUUGUUUGUGACAAAGAUAUUUAUAAAUUAAAUCGUCGCCGAAAAAAACGUUCAAAUUUGAAUAAUGUUAAUGAAAUUUAUCGAAAAUCAAACAAUGGAAAAAUGGAAAAUGAUGACCUGCAACAACAACAACAAAAUCGACAAUAUCUAACAUUCAAACAAGCAAAUACAUUUGCACAAAAACAGCUCAAACGUUUUUUACGUAAAAAUCAUUAUUAUUCAAAUAAUAAUAAUAACGAUAUGGCUGUAAUGGAUAUUUAUAAAAAUAAUAAUAUUAUUAAAAAAUUAUCUGGUGAUUUAAAUAGUGAUAAUAACAACAACAACAAUAACAAUAAUAUGGAUGAUUUUGAUCAUUUAGGUAAUGGUUUAAUAGCCGUACGACGACGACAACAACAACGACAACGUAAUAAACGUGGUAUUUCUGAUGAAUGUUGUCAUGGACAAGAUGGUUGUUCAUGGGAAGAAUAUGCUGAAUAUUGUCCAGCUAAUGUACGAUUACGAUCAUAAAAA